UUAUCCUUUGACAGGUGGAAGAGUUCCCCGCUGUCUCGUCCGAGGACAUCAAGUUGGCUAUGAAGGAGUUGGCCCAUGAACCCACAACCCUCAUGUUCCACGCAGAGAUGUUACCCCCCAUCGCGGCCUCUGUUGGAGACGCUGUCAGUACCUCUGACCCCCCUGCGGCCCCAGCAGGUCCUGUGGAAGCUUACUCCACUUUCCUUGCCUCCCGUCCCUCAGUCUUCGAGACUUGCGCCGUGCAGGAGAUCCUGUCACUGGCUCACUUGGCCCCCAAUCUCCCACUGCACAUUGUCCACCUAUCAGCCAUGGAGGUGAUUCCUCUCUUGCGCAAAGCCCGCGCCGAUGGUGUCAGAAUCACAGCCGAAACGUGCUUCCACUAUCUGUCACUCGCCGCUGAGGAGAUUCGCGAUGGUGACACUCGUCAUAAGUGCUGCCCUCCCAUCCGCUCCAAAUUGAACCAGGACGGCCUCUGGGCCGAACUCGAACGUCAUGCCGAGGACGGAGUCAUCAAGACUGUAGUGUCGGACCACUCUCCCUGCACACCUGACCUGAAACUCUUGCCAUCCCAUAUUCCUGGCCAUCAUGUUGCCAAUGGCGAGGUCGAAAACCCCGGCAGCUUCUUCUCCGCCUGGGGUGGAAUCUCAUCCGUCGGUCUUGGACUCCCUAUCAUGUGGACCGAGCUCAGCCGUCGCAAGAACCUGACUUCCGCCCCCGAUGACGCCAACACGAAGCGUGCCCUUCAGGAUAUUGUGCGAUUGUGCUGUGCCAACACUGCGGCGCAGGUCGGCCUGCAGAACCAAAAGGGCGACCUGGUCCCGGGCUUUGACGCCGAUAUCUGUGUCUUUGACGACACCGCCGAAUGGGUCGUUAAGCCCAGCACCAUGCUUUUCCGCAACAAGUGCUCCCCCUACCAGGGCCGUACCCUUCGAGGCAUGGUCCGCGAAACCUGGGUGCGAGGCGAAAAAGUCUUCAGCCGAGACGAUGGUUUCGUCGCAAAGAUCCCAACGGGUCACCUCCUUCUCGAGAAGCGGGUUUGAUUCUUUUCAUUUUCCCUGAUACCCAUUUCCUCGAUCGAGACUGUUGACAGUCUGCCAGUCUCAACAAAAGCGAUUUCUCCCAACCUGUUGACAUGAUGAAACGAUGCAUGAUGCACCCCGUUACUGACGACCAUUAAUUAUAAUGACUUGAGCAGCAGCAUAUCCGCUGAUUCUGAUGCCACAAGCGACAAGUCAUCCCGCAUUAUCUUGGUUCCUCUGACUCUCCUUC